AUGUUCGCCUCGGGUCGGUGCAGAGAGGGCCACGGGACCCGUGCCUCGCCGGGGGCCGCGGGCGAAGCCCGGGCUCGGCAGGGCAGGCCGGCGGCAAGGGGCGGCUACGCACCUCGGGGGUCCUGUCCAGCCUCUAGUGGACGGCAGUCUGCAUCAGGAAGAAGCGGGCCGGCGGGCCGAACGGUGGGCGGGCGCGCGGGCGGGCGCCGGGACGGCACUCCGCAGGCUCCUCGCACGUCUACACGGGGCCGCUCCCGGGCCGGGCCGCUCCGGUGGCGGCCGAGGGUGCGCGCCCGCGACCCCCUCGGAACCAGUCCUGAGAAGGAGACAGUGCAGCGCGGCCCCGGAGUCCAGACAGCGCGGCGAGGCGCGGGGCGGCACGGCGUCGGGGCCGGCUUUGCAACGCCAGGGCCUCCCGGCGCCCGGCGGGGCUCGGCUGGAGGGCCGAUCUGGGGCCACGGGCGGGGGAAGAGGCCAAGGGGCCGCGAGCAGCGGCUGAAGCCCCGGCGGUGGCGACGUCGACGACGGCGUCUCCGGGCUUCUGCCCCGAAGCGCGCCGAGCCUCAGGAUCACCCACGCCGGGGGUGGAGGAAGGCGGGAAAGGGGCGGGCAAGGGGCGGGGCGUGCAGGGCCAAGAGCCAGGGGCCGCUCCGGGCCUCGCGCCCCCUGCGGGCCGCGGGAGCCGCCCGGGGCCCGCCCAGGGAGGCGGGGCCGGCCGGUAGGGGGCUCCGUGCGCUGCGGUUCGGAGAAGGAAGCCCGCCACGCCAGGAGGGGGCGGAGGGUGCGCAGCCGCGGGGCGGAGACCAGGCCCGGAGCGGGGGAGGGCCCUCGGCCCCUACCGGCGCCCCGAGGGGGCCAGCGCGGGGCCUGGCGGGUGUUUACCUUCCCCCUGGUCGAGCGCCAAUGCCGCCAUCUUUCAGCCCGGCGCGCGUCACUUCCGGCGCCACGGGAGCGGGACCGAGUGUGGGAACCGGGUGGGGGAGGGCCGUCCCAAGCCCGCGGCGCCUGGCGUCCCCACCGCCGGCCCGCCCCAGCAGCGCGGCCAGGCGAAGGAAAGGAGGCAGCUCAGCCCUGCGGCCCCGGCCCGCCGCGGCUUCUCCCGCAGCGCUGCCGUCGGGGCUGGGGACGCUCAGCGGAGCACGUCCGCUUUCGGCAGCCCCUGUCCGCCUGCACGAGCGAUGGGCCCCGAGCCACUUCGGUGCGCCCACCGCGGACAGCAAACUUGAACAUGCCAUGCUUCCCAAGAGGCCAAAAGAGCACACGGUGUACUGUUUUGCUGAAGUAGACUACAGCGUGGGAAAAAAAACACAGAAUCGCCCUAAUCUUAAGGAAAUAGGAAAAUAAACUCCCCUUUUCUCACUGAGACUGUAAAAUAAGAUUUUAAAAAAUCUAUAAACUGAAAUUCUCAACUUGUUCACAUUCUCUCCAUCUUUUCCAAUAGUCCUUUUAACAUCCUUAUGUUCACUAUUG